UAAUCAAUAUGUUCAAUCCUGGUCGCACUUCCAGCAUAUUUAAUUUACAUGCACGUUUACUUCAAAUAUGCUAUUUUAUCACAAGAUAAAUCUAUUUACCAUUGUAUAAAUGACCAUUCCCCUAUUAAACUAAAUGCUAAACCCAGGAAAAUUCUUCAUAUUUUACAAUAUUCGCUUAUAUUCUUUACGGGCAUCUUACAAUAUUUACAAAGACGUACAACGAUUUCUUGCUGGAAAUGGAAAAGCCACCACCGUACAGUCCAGAAAGUCAAGAGACCCCACAUCAAGAAUACACCCCAUCUUCUAACACCAGUUACCAGCAAUUACCGCCUGAUGCCCCACAACUACAGGCUGGGGAUCUAUUAAAAAAAACUGAUUAUGGAAGCACUGGGUAUACACCACAAGAACAAAGCUCUCCACCUUCAUCUUCCACAAGUUCUUCACAGGGUGAAGGAUAUCAACAGCAAGGACUGGGAUAUCAACCGCAAGGACAGGGAUAUCAACCGCAAGGACAGGGUUAUCAACAGCAAGGACAGGGAUAUCAACCACAAGGACAGGGAUAUCAACCGCAAGGACAGGGAUAUCAACCGCAAGGACAGGGAUAUCAACCGCAAGGACAGGGAUAUCAACCACAAGGACAGGGAUAUCAACCGCAAGGACAGGGAUAUCAACCGCAAGGACAGGGAUAUCAACCGCAAGGACAGGGAUAUCAACCGCAAGGACAGGGAUAUCAACCGCAAGGACAGGGAUAUCAACCACAAGGACAGGGAUAUCAACCACAAGGACAGGGAUAUCAAUUCAAAGGACAGGAAUAUCAACCACAAGGACAGGGAUAUCAAUUCAAAGGACAGGGUUAUCAACACCAAGUUAAUACUCAGCAACCCGGGGGGUACACCUCACAAAAUAUCAAUUCUACAACAGUACACGUGACUCAUGUGAGUGCAUAGUAAAGAAAUUGCUGUACCGAAUUCCACAAAAAUGAUCGAUUGAUCA